AUGGAAUACAACCAAACCACAAUAAGCGAGUUCAUACUUCAGGGAUUCACUGACGUUCUCGCACUGCGACUGGUGUUGUUCACUGUCCUGUUCUUCUCCUACCUUCUGACAAUCACUGGGAACGCUGCCAUUAUCACCAUUUCUCAUAUCGAUCGCCGACUACACACCCCAAUGUAUUUUUUCCUUUGGAACUUCUCUCUCUUAGAAAUUGGCUUCACCACUGCUAUCGUUCCCCAAACUUUGACCCAGCUGGCAACGGGAAAUAAAAAUAUUUCCUAUUCUGGGUGCAUGUUACAGUCUUUCUUGUACUUCCAACUAGGCACCUCCGAGUUCUUCCUCUUAGCCAUUAUGUCAUUUGAUCGCUAUGUGGCCAUUUGCAAUCCCUUGCACUAUCCAACCAUCAUGAACAAUCGCAUUUGUACUCUUCUGAUUCUGUUUUCUUGGCUGGGCAGUUUUCUCCUAAUUAUUGGGCCGUCCCUACUUUUCCUCCAGGUUCCAAUGUGUGGUUCAAAUAUCCUUAACCAUUUCUUCUGUGACAACGCACCUUUGAUUAAAAUCCUUUGCGGCGACACACAACUACUAAGGUUUCUUGGAUUUGUUACAGCUGUGUUUUCUGUACUGGGCAGCUUGAGCAUUACGGUGGUCUCCUACGUCAAUAUCAUCAAAAGUGUUUUACGCAUCCCUUCUGCAUCAGGGAGGCAGAAGACCUUUUCUACCUGUGCCUCUCACUUCAUCGUGGUGUCCAUCACCUAUGGGAGUUGUAUAUUCCUAUAUAUCAAACCAACUCAGAACAGUAAAUUAGAGCUUAGCAAAAUGGUGGCCAUUCUCAACACCAUGGUAUCCCCUUUGCUCAACCCCUUCAUAUACUGCUUGAGGAACAAACAGGUCCAGGAGGCCUGGAGAGAUGCCUUGGUAAGAUUCACUGCCAUGGUUAAAGGGACAGGAAAUCCCUGA